UUCUUCUGGUUUCUGAGACUUUCAGAUGUACUUGUAUCACAUUUUCAAGCUUUGUCUACAGUAUUAUGAGAGAGAGAAACUUUUUAAAGAAAGCUGAGAUUCUCAUGCAAUAUUUUGAUUCCAACAGCAGGGACAAAAUCAUUAAAUAUUAUCAGAAAAAUCACAAGAGUUUGAAACACUGUCGUUUAAAAUACUUAUUACUGUAACAUUUUUAUUGUCAGUAUGAAGAAACCAUUAUUAUGCACAGAAGAGGAGCUAGUUUAAUGUAAUGCUUUUGGAAGUCAUCUAUUCAUAAAGUAAGGAGAGCAUAAGCACAAGCAAUGAUGAUCUCUUGAAAGAGACUUGUUUGGGAAAUGUCAUUCAGAUAUCAUAUAUUGGAGCACUUUUGCUCUUCCUCAGCUGUGGUACUGGCGGACUGAAGCAACUAUUAACUUAAUAUACUCCCUCCUGCACUUAGGGAUGUGACCAGAUACUUUUGGGAGGCCACACACUCUGCAGAAUGAUCCCUCCUGUGGGGUUUGGGUGUCUCAAACUCUGGAUGGUUCCAGGAAAGUAGAUGCCUCCUAUGAUGGCUGUUAUGUGUAUGAAUGGAAUGGUAGUUACCUGAUGGCAGUUAGGAUUGAAGGGACAGAUGCAGGUGGGCACAGGGCCCUCCAUGGGGAGAAAGUUCUCAGGUGCCCUGCAGCCUGGCCAGCCCUCGAUGCUCCAAGCCCCAGUGUCUGUGGUGCUGUCCAGAGCCAGGACAGACUGCCCUGCACCUCUCCGCCUGUGUCACAAGGGGAAUGUGAAGCAAGAGGCUGUUGCUACAAUCCUACUGAUAGGCUGAAGCCUUGUUACUAUGGCAACACAGUGACAGCACAAUGCACUCCCGAUGGCCAGUUCUCUAUUGUGAUUUCUCGGGAUGUGACUCUACCAUCCCUGAUCCUGGACUCGGUGCAUCUGGCCAGUGGAAGCAGUGCUGGCUGCGUCCCUGUGGCAAAGAAUGAUGCCUUUGUCCUGUUCCAGUUUCCACUUUCUGCCUGUGGCACCACUUUCCAGAUGGAUGGGAGCCAGGGUAUAUAUGAAAACGAACUGGUAGCAGACCAGGAUGUGAGAACCUGGAGUCGAGGAUCCAUAACGCGGGACAGCAUCUUUAGAUUGCACGUCCGCUGUAGCUAUUCUACUAGUGGCAACUUCCUCCCUGUGAGCAUCCAGGUCUUCACGCUACCACCACCCCUUGCUGUGUCCCAGCCUGGUCCCCUCUCACUGGAGCUGCGCAUUGCCACAGACCAGGGUUAUGGCUCCUACUAUGCAGACAGAGAUUACCCUGUGGUGAAGGUCCUCCGUGACCCCAUCUACGUGGAGGUCCGGAUACUGCAGAAAACUGACCCAAACCUGGUGCUUGUUCUCCACCAGUGCUGGGCCACUCCCAGCGCCAAUCCUCAGCAGCAGCCACAGUGGCCCCUCUUGGUGGAUGGGUGCCCCUAUGCAGGAGACAACUACCAAACCCAGCCAGUGCCUGUAGGAGCUGCGUCAGGGUUGCAGUUCCCAUCUCAUUACCAGCGCUUCAUCAUCAGCACCUUCACCUUCGUGGACUCUGCUUCCCAGCAGAUGUUUACAGGCCCAGUGUACCUGCACUGUAGUGCCUCAGUGUGCCAGCCUUCCCUGCCUGCAUCCUGCACCACCACCUGCCCUGCUGUAGCCCGGAGCAGAAGGAGCUUUCAGGAGCACCCUCUGGAUGGCCUCUCAAUCACCAGCAGGGGGCCUGUGAUCCUGCUCCAGGACAGGCCAAAGAGAGAAGGUGCCAUGGAUGGACUGGGCUUGUCUCUGAACACUAGCACAUCCUGGACUCUAGUCUGGGCCAGUGGAGCAGUUCUGGGGACAAUGUUCCUGUCACUCCUGGCAGCUGCAUGUUGGAGAUUGAGGAGAAAUUUGGUGUUUGAAUCUCCUGUGUCUGAAAAAUAAUAAUAAAAAAAAUCAU